UGAAGCAGGAUUAUAUUGAGAGAAGUUCAUUGUAACAUUGCGGUAUUUUUGUUACAGCAACCGGUAACAUGGUGGCGUCUUCUUCGGAGGCGGACAACGGAGCCUCCAAGUCCCGGUUUCCCGAUAUGAAGACGACGUCGGGCGUCCAAAGGCCCUACUUCGACGACGUCGGGCCCCGAAACGUGACGGCGGUGGUCGGGCAAUCCACGUUGUUGAAUUGUCGAGUGAAACAUCCCGGCGAUAGAACGGUAUCCUGGAUGCGAAAACGCGACCUCCACAUCCUGACGUCCAGCAUCCACACGUACACGGGCGAUGCCAGGUUCAGUGUUCGGCAUCCAGAGCACUCCGACGAUUGGGAUCUACGCAUCGAAUAUGUCCAGAAACGAGACGCCGGCGUCUACGAAUGCCAGGUCAAUACGGAGCCCAAGAUCAAUUUGGCCAUCAUGCUCAACGUCGACGACUUAUCCUCCCUUGCUGCCACGCAUCCAGGCCCUCGACCCAAAGAUGCUCAGGCUUCGAUUUCGGGACCGCCGGAGGUGUACGUGAAGAAAGGCAGCACCAUAUCGUUGACUUGCACAGUCAACGUGCACUCGACGCCGCCUUCGUCUAUUUUGUGGUACCACGGACACGCCGUGGUGGAUUUCGAUUCGCCCAGGGGCGGGAUCAGCUUGGAAACGGAGAAAACCGAAGCCGGCACCACCAGCAAGCUCUUGGUCACCAAAGCUCUGCUGUCCGAUACGGGAAAUUACACGUGCAUGCCGUCCAACGCCAGUCCAGCGUCGACUGUAGUCCACGUUCUGAACGGUGAACAUCCUGCGGCGAUGCAGACCAGCAGGGCGGCGCCCCAUCAUCAGAUGACCCUGCUGGCUUCGUUUUGCACCCUCAUGGCCGCCACCCUAACCAGAUGA